CUGAACAAAAUGAAUUUCAUUACAAAGCUUUCUGCUUUAUGUCUGAGGAAAAGCAAGAUGCAACAGAGGCACCAAAGUAGUAGACGACCAGCGGUUCCACUUGGAUCACGGAUUUUAACUGAUCCUUCUAAGGUUUUUGAGCAUAACAUGUGGGACCACAUGCAGUGGUCACAAGAAGAGGAGGAGAAUGCCAAGGAAAAAGCGGCAGAGAACUCGCUUGUGAAAGUCCAAUGGGAAGACCAAGAUAAAUAUGAGAGAGAAGCCAGUAAAUAUUGGAAUGAAUUUUAUAAGACUCAUAAAAAUAACUUUUUCAAGGAUCGCAAUUGGCUGUUUCUGGAGUUUCCAGAAAUUCUUCCAGAAAAAAGGAGACAAGAGUUGAAAACAGAAGAAAGAUCUUCGGAACACACAAAAAUAAAUAGUACCAACAGUUUUUCACAUAAAAAUGAGAUGUUUGAGGAAGAUGAAAAAUAUUGGAAGAAAAAUUUUGGAGGUGGUUCUACUUCUGUAGAAGGAUAUGUAUAUAAUAAAAACCAAGCAAAAUCUCUUACUGACAAUCCUCAGGGUAAAAACUGUGGAGAAGAACUUGGCAGGCUAGAAUUCUUCCCUGGUAGUGAUGCCACUUACAGAAUAUUAGAGGUUGGUUGUGGUGCUGGAAACAGCGUCUUUCCUAUUUUGAAAGUUCUAUGCAAUACACCUGGAACCUUUCUAUACUGUUGUGAUUUUGCUUCAGGAGCAGUGGAGCUGGUAAAGUCACAUUCGUCCUACAAUUCAGCCUGGUGUUCUGCCUUUGUUCAUGAUGUGUGUGAUGAUGCUUUACCCUAUCCUUUUCCAGAUGAGAUCCUGGAUGUCAUUCUCCUUGUCUUUGUGCUCUCUACUAUUCAUCCUGACAGGAUGCAAGCGGUUGUAAAUAGGUUGGCUAAACUACUGAAACCUGGAGGAAUGUUGUUAUUUCGAGACUAUGGACGAUAUGAUACAGCUCAACUUCGUUUUAAAAAAGGUCAUUGCUUGUCAGAAAAUUUUUAUGUGCGAGGAGAUGGAACCAGAGUAUAUUUCUUUACCAAAGAUGAGGUACGGAACAUGUUCAACUUGGCUGGAUUAACUGAAGUACAGAAUUUAGUUGAUCGGCGAUUACAAGUAAACAGGAAGAAGAAAGUGAAAAUGCAGCGAGUUUGGAUACAAAGCAAGUUCCAAAAACCGUUGCUGCUACCUCUGAAUAAUCCUGAAGAAACCACUGAAAGGCACCCUUAAAGAUAAUUGUACCGUGAACUCCAGAAACUGAGGCAAAUGUGACAAAACCAAGGCAGGUGCUUGUGCCAUAUCUACAAAUCCACGGAAUCUGAAGAGGACAAUCAAAAUGCAUGGCAGACGGGGAGACAGCAGGAACUCUAGUGACACUAGACAAAAGUUUCUUGUAUUGGAAACUGCUGUUUCUGUUUUGUCUUUUGCUUGUGACUCAGCUAAUCUGCAGAUUCUGCUGUUUAAUAAUGACUAAAAAUUUGUAACAAACCAUCCUGAAAUUUGUAUUAAACACCAGUGGAAAUCACUUAACAU